AUGUCGAGAGAUGGCGUUACGAAAAUGGAACCGAUUUAUUACAAGGAACUUGGGCUUCUUUUUCGUUAGUAUAUUCUGUGCUUGUUACAUUUAAAAAGUCAAAAAAUUUUGAAAGAAGUGGGAAGCUAUGGUGGGAAGUGUGUAAUUUAUUAUUUAUUUUUUGUUUUUCUAUGGCCAUUCGCCAUCGUCUUUAUGCUCACGCGUUUACAUCAUGUGAUAUGUAAUUCAAUUUGUGAUCAGUUAAUUUACUACAAUAAUUAACGUUAAAUAAAAAAAAUGGGCGAGCAAGAAGAUUUUCAACAAGAUCCACAAAAAAACGAUUUAAAUACCACGGAUUCCGCAGAUGAAACUGAGGAAACCAACAAUCAAGGCGAAAAUGUUGAAAUUUCCAAUUCUGAAUCCUUUGAUGAGGAUUACACUGAAGAAAACAUAGGUGACGAAGCAUUUCAAAAUCUAGAUCAUCAGUUAGAUGCACUGUUUGUGGCUCUCGAUGAAAUUGAAUCGAAGAAUGAUAACCUACAUGCGCAACUGUUGCAACUAUUACAUUCCAACCGGGAAAUAAGGAAAGAAUUACAAGAGGCUCAUCAAGUAAAUGGGAACGAUGAUAGGAUGGACACAGAAAAUCCUUAAAUAUUAUUGACAAACCUAUUGUUAUUGUUAUUAUAUGUAUUUAUUAAUCUAUUUUAUUAUCAAUGUAUUAGAUUUGCUUUAAAAAUGCAGUAUUCUAUGUUAACUAUUUGAAAUCUUUAUACAGUCUUGCAAGUCAAAUAUUUAUAAAACCUUGUUUUUUUCUAUAAAUAGGUAGGUAAUUUUUAAAUUAUUUGAUUACUGUGUUAUCUAGGAUUCCUCUGUUUGUAGUAAUAAUACAGACAUGAAGAACAAUAAAGAUAAUUAU